AACUAUGUAAAACAAUAUUCUUUAUAAAAGUUAAAUACUGGAGCUUUAAUAUAUUUCCAUGCAGCACAGCUUCUUCAGCAGUUCUGUCAGGGGAUUUCUGAUGAACAUAUCCGUAUCUUUAAAUGUUACGUAACAUUUAAAUGACUAAAUAAAGCGACAUUUAAAUAUCUUUUGCACAAAACUGCAUUAACGUUUUCAUUGUGAAUGUUUCCCUCCUGCAGCGGACUGUCGCUGUCCAAGGUGCUGCAGCUGAGACUUCAUCAGUGCAUCACCUGGAGGCUCCCAUCGGCCUCCCAGUAGAACCAGCUGGUGUUUCCGUGCCUCAUGCUGGUCAUUACAGUUCAAACUCCCAGUCUGGAGUUCUGGUGCCGCUCGGUUCCGACCCUGCUGCCGCUUUAAAGCGAGCAUGCUCCGACGUCAGCUCCGUCUCCAGACAUGUGGCUUCAGCAUCCAAUAGGCUGAUCGGGGCUUUACUCAGCCUCUCCCACACAGGAGAUCCCUGAGGAGAAGACCAGCGUAGACCGGGGUUCGCCACGACUCACGCAGCCCUCACGCAACCCGCCAGAUCCGGUUCGGAGCCAGCAGAUUCCCGUCCUCAGAGCAGAUUCCCGACCAGAACCAUCGCGUUGCAGUCAUGUCUGUGGCGGGACUGAAGAAGCAAUUCCACAAAGCCACUCAGAGAGUGAGCGAGAAAGUCGGAGGAGCAGAAGGAACGAAGCUCGAUGUGGACUUCACUGAAAUGGAAAAGAGGGUGGACACCACGGCUCGAGCCGUUCUGGACAUCAUGACCAAAACCACCGAGUAUCUGCAGCCGAACCCAGCAACCAGAGCCAAGAUGAGCAUGAUGAGCUCCAUGUCCCGUAUCCGGGGCCAGGAGAAGGGGCCGGGCUACACGCAGACCGAGACCAUCCUAGGAGAGUCCAUGCAGCGGUUCGGCCGGGAGCUCGGAGAGGACUCCAACUUUGGUCUGGUUCUGAUCGACGUCGGAGAGGCCAUGCGUGAGCUGGGUGAGGUCAAAGACGCUCUGGACAUGGAGGUGAAGCAGAACUUCAUCGACCCGAUGCAGAACCUUCACGAAAAAGACCUCAGAGAGAUCCAGCACCAUCUGAAGAAGCUGGAAGGUCGCCGUCUGGACUUCGACUACAAGAAGAAGCGCCAGGCCAAAGUGACGGAGGACGAGCUCAAAGCGGCGCUGGAGAAGUUCGAUGACUCCAAGGAAGUCGCAGAGCAGAGCAUGUUCAACCUGCUGGAGAGUGACAUCGAACAGGUGAGCCAGCUGGCGGCGCUGGUCCAUGCUCAGCUGCAGUACCACACCCGGUCCGCUGAGAUCCUCACACAGCUCUCCAGCAAGAUCGACGAACAGAUAAGAGAGACCUCCAACAAACCGAGGAAAGAGUUCAUACCGAAGCCUCGCACGUCUCUGGACUUCAGCAUCAGUGAGAACCACAAUGGAGGGAUCCACGGCGCCCGCUCUCCAGGUGCCAGGUCUCCAGCCAGGUCUCCAGCAAGAUCUCCAGCCAGGUCUCCAGCCCCGUUGGACCAGCCCUGCUGCCGCGCUUUGUACGACUUUGACCCUGAGAACGAAGGUGAGCUAGGCUUCAAGGAGGGCGACAUCAUCACCCUGACCAAUAAGAUCGACGACAAUUGGUACGAGGGAAUGCUGCAAGGCAACUCGGGCUUUUUCCCCAUCAACUACGUGGAUAUCUUGGUGCCGCUACCCCAGUAAGACGUCAAGACUAACCAACUGUGUCUGCAAUGAAUCCCGGCCUCCAGUUCCAGUGUUUCCACUAACCUUUUCCCAAACAUUCCUACUAACACAACCUUCACUUUUUCCGUUAAGGCGUCAAAAAGCAAUGACACAAAAUAAAUAGGUGUGAAGAAGUUUGACCAACGUGCAGGGAUUCACUAAACUUUUACUGAAAACGGUGUGGGGGGAAAAAACCCAGCAUUGACGUAACGUCUUCUCUGUCUCACUUAAGGUACUUUCAAGCUUCUAUAGUCAUUUUUGCAUUUCGUCUCUGUUGUAGUCAGCUGUCAGUCCAUUAUUAGUUUAUUAGAACAGCUUUACUGAUUCACGCUUUUUCUCAGUCUUCGUAUUUUAGAAGGUAGAAACUUUUCUCUCAUGUUCAGCAGACAAGACAAACGAGUCAACACGCUUUCUGUUUGUUCAACAUGAAGCUCAAAUCAUGUGGUAGGUUUUGUGUUAAAUUUUCCUCCUUUUAAUAGUGGAGGAAAAUGACAUUUUCAGUCAUUUUCCCAAGAUAUUCAUGCAAAGAAGGAUUUGAUUCAGAUCAGAUUUAGCCAAAAUUACAGACAUGUUUGUCAGACUGACCUUUGUUUUUCACGCAGCAAAGCAUUGUGGCAGGACAAACGUCUGCAUGUUUGAUGCAACAUGGUGAAUACUGAAGGUUUUUACCUCUUAAAGGAAGUCAUAACGUAUAAACAUCUUUUAUGGUUUCUCAUUUUUUCAGUAAUCCACAAAAUAUAUGGUUGAAGCAUUAAGUCCUUAAAUAUAUGUCCCAGUAGAAAACAUAGUUCAUGUAUUGUGACUGAAUACCUUAAAAGUCUUAAAGUGAAAGUUGGAUUUUUAUUAUGGGGUUCAGUAGAGUUGUUAUUGGCAGUCAGUAUCUUACUUGACAGUUUGGAGAACCAGAUUAAUUUCUGAUGGAGAUUAUAGUUUACAGGGUUACUAGGAUUUUAUUGUAAAUUUAUGUUGUCUUAAUUCUACUUCUAAACUCCUUCACAGCAGAAUAGGAAUUAUAAACAAUUCUAGGGAGAAAGCUCAUUUUUUGCUGAGCGCUUUAGCACUUCUGCUAACUUUGAAAGCGUACGGCUGACAUAGCUGUCCCUAAAUUAACUUUUCCAGAUCAAUUCUAAAGUGAUCAUUUACUUUGCUGUUUUAUAAACUUUCAGUUGAAUAAAGUUUGACAUCUGUGUUGAAGUUCUGGUUUUCAAAUUUAAGAAUCAUUCAUGUAGUUAGAUGUUUAUAUUCCUGCUCUUAUUCUGAAGUAGGGGAAGGCUGUUCUGUUUCCUCUUCUCUGUUGUGCGGUGCAGCAAAUGUAGUUUAUUUUGUACCCAGAAUGCAUCACUGUACAAUACAGUUUGAAAUCUACUUAUGUCUUGUGUAAAUUAGGCUAAAUCAGCAAGACUUGGCAAAACUAAACAACAAUAAAACUGAAACAUGAGUGACAGGUCUCUUCCAAAGAAACACUUCCUGAAGCGCAGCCGCACAGGUAUGUGUGUACUGACAACCUUACCCUGCUGAAGGUGAUAUGCUAGGUUGUAAAACAUGUUGUGUCAUUAUCUGUCUCAAUAUGGUUGAAUUUAGCACAUUAGCAUUAGCUUCUGCUAAAUAAAAUUAAGAUAAUUUUACUUUAUCUUACUUUACUUACCUUUGUUUUACGUGAUAAUUUAGUAAACUUAAUAUAUUUACUUGGAUAAACUUAAUUUGAUUACUUUAAACAAAUUUACUCCAUUUUUUAAAGUUGGAUUGCCUGUUUUAUUUUUGCAGUUUAGUGUUCGCUGCAAGCGAUUCAUUAAUUCCCUUCUUCUUUCACACCAAAUUACUUUUAUAAGAACAGUUUGGUUGGAAAUGAUAAAAUGAAACUUCAGAUUAUACAUAAUAGGUGGUUUAAACAACCGUUUAAUGUGGAAGUGACGACGACUUUAAGAUUUAUGAAACGAAGUUUGCAUCAAUUAAAUUUCUGAAUCUGGGUGUUUUUUUUAUUUCAGAAAUCCUCUCUGAAGUGCUUAUCUCUAAUCUGAAGUUAAAACACUGACUGCUCAAUACUACUAGCAAAACUUCACUUUAAAAACUCUAAACUAUGAUUAUUUAACUGCUCUUUGGAGCAAUAGUUUCUUCUGCAGAGGCAGGUGUGGUUUUGCCUAUUAGUCCAAUAAUUACCCUCUAGUUUACUUGUAGAAAACACUAAGAGGAGAAUAAUUGUGAAUAUUUCCAGGAGCACAAGAUAAUGUGCAAAUAGAGGAGUAGACUGAGAAUUAAUUUAUAUUUAUUGAGGUAAUAAUAAAAGUUUUUUUCUCGCAUAUCUCAACAGAGCUCAACAUUUGUUAAAUUGUUUGUGCACCAGAUUGUUUUCUAAAAAUCAAAAAGUCACGGUUCUUUGUUUUCAUCAGCUUGACGCAGCGAUGCACACACCAUCUCUAAGGCUUUCUACUCUUCUACGUUGACGAUGCAUUAAACUUUCUGCAGAUGUUUUCAGCGUAUUAAUGUUGAUGCAUGUAAUUUUAGGGGGAAAUGUGCGUAUUUGGGUUUGCAUAUGGCUCAUGUUCUGCACAGAAACAAGUAAAGAGAUCCUCUGCUGCUAGUGAGCACCGUUUCUGACAGUGUUUAGCUUAAAAACAAUAAUGGAGGGAUCGGUUUACUACAUUCAGCAUCGCUACAAUAAAUGAUGCAAAAUCAACUAUAUAUAAAAAGUGUUACUUUUAUGUCAAAGGGAAGCACAAUUUUUUGUUGGCUGGUGACAAAUAGUGCUGCAGUUUGAAGAGGUUGUGUAUUUAUUCAUUUUUUAAGCUAAAUUCUUCCUUCCUUCUUUCACUUUUUUUUAAAGAUUUCUGUGUAUCUUUGCCCUCAAUGAGGACUGUACAGCUUUUUCUGUGUUUUGUUUUUACCUUGUGUGUAUAGUCAUGCAUCUUCAGUAACGUAUUUUAUUUUUGUAACUGUGUCAAAAGUAUUCACAAACAGUAUAGAUGUGUGUAUAUAUAUAUAUAUAUAUAUACAGUAUAUAACGCAGAAGUGAUGUUCCAAGUUGGGAGUGAGGCGAGUGGAGUUUUCUGUGCUGCACAUGAUUGUCUUUGAAAUAUUUUAGUGUUUUGUUUGUGUUUUUGUUCUGUUCUUGCACUGGAUUCUAUGACUGUACGCUUGAUGUAAAGAUAAGAAAUGUGAUGAGUCAAUGUAAUUUAUUCAAAUAAAUACCAAGAAAUGGUUAUUCCCUAAA